AUGGUUCCGUCGUACCUGGUGCAGCCGCUCCGAGCCAACUCCGCCACGCACCUGGCGCUGGGGCGGGCGGCCCUCCUGGCCCGGCUGCUGGAGAGCCUGGGCACCGAGGACAAGACCGACUGCCGCGUGCACGUGUACUUCGUGCUGGACACGUCGGAGAGCGUCACCAUGCAGUCGCCCACCGACAGCCUGCUGUACCACAUGCAGCAGUUCGUGCCGCAGCUCGUCAGCCAGCUGCAGGACGGGCUGUACCAGGGCCGCGUGGCGCUGAGCUGGCGCUACGGCGGCCUGCACUUCUCCGACCGCGUGGAGCGCUUCAGCCCGCCCGACAGCGACCGCGCGUCCUUCACCAAGGGGCUGCGCGCCAUCAGCUCCUUCCGCCGCGGCACCUUCACCGACUGCGCGCUGGCCAACGCCACCAGCGAGCUGCGGCGCCACGCCAGCCCCGGCGCCGUGCGCUUCGCCGUGGUCAUCACCGACGGCCACGUCACCGGCAGCCCGUGCGGGGGCGUCAAGCUGCAGGCCGAGCGCGCGCGCGAGCAGGGCAUCCGGCUCUUCGCCGUGGCCCCCAACCAGAAGGUGGACGAGCAGGGCCUGCGCGACAUCGCCAGCCCCCCGCUCGAGCUCUACCGCGGCGGCUACGCCACCAUGCGGCCCGACUCCGAGAUCGACCAGGACACCAUCAACCGCAUCAUCAAGGUCAUGAAACACGAGGCCUACGGAGAGGUGAGGCCCCGCCCGAGCGCAGGCGCCGGCCCGUCCCUGGGCCUGGGCGCCUGCUCGCCGGCAAGAACCGACGUGGGUGCCAGGCGGGAGCAGCCACCAGGCCAGCCGGGCGGGGCCCACGCUGGGCGCCGCUGGGCGCUGGACGGCCCCUUAGAUGCGGCCGAUGCCACGCCGGGUGCCAAGGGCAACAUGGGGGAGCCCGGAGAGCCUGGACAGAAGGGGCGACAGGGAGACCCCGGCAUCGAAGGCCCCAUCGGAUUCCCGGGACCCAAGGCAGGUGGCCCCCCCCCCCAGGUGGUGGGCACUGGCCAGCACCCCUGCCCGCUGGCCCCGACGCAGGGCCUCUCGCGCCCUUCCCCACAGGGCCCUGACGGUUACGCGGGGGAAGCUGGCAGUCCUGGGGAGCAAGGAAGACAGGGUGUCAAGGGGGACCCAGGCCGCCCGGGGCGCAGAGGGCCCCCCGGAGACAGCGGACCCAAAGGAAGCAAGGGUUACCAGGGCGACAACGGAGCCCCCGGCAGCCCUGGCGUGAAGGGGGCCAAGGGCGGGCCUGGACCCCGAGGACCCAGAGGCGAGCCUGGACGCCGAGGAGACCCCGGAAUUAAGGGUGGCCCAGGCAGCAGUGGCCCCAAAGGAGAAAAGGGGGACCCUGGCCCUGAGGGGCCACGGGGCCUGGCUGGAGAGAUCGGCAACAAAGGUGCCAAGGGCGACCGCGGCAUGCCGGGACCCAGAGGCCCCCCAGGCACCCAGGGGGAGCCGGGGAAGCAGGGAUCUCGGGGAGACCCCGGUGAUGCUGGCCCCCGCGGCGACUCCGGACAGCCAGGCCCCAAGGGAGACCCCGGCAGGCCGGGAUUCAGCUACCCAGGACCGCGAGGGGAGCCGGGGGAGAAAGGAGAGCCCGGCCCGCGAGGCCCUGAGGGCGGCAGAGGAGACUUCGGCAUGAAAGGCCAGCCCGGGAGGAAGGGCGCCAAGGGCGAGCCUGUGAGCCCCAGCCGCCGGCCCCUGCCUGCCACAGACUGCGAGAAGCGCUGUGGCGCGCUGGACGUGGUGUUCGUCAUCGACAGCUCCGAGAGCAUCGGCUACACCAACUUCACCCUGGAGAAGAACUUCGUCAUCAACGUGGUCAACAGGCUGGGGGCCAUCGCCAAGGACCCCAAGUCGGAGACAGGGACGCGCGUGGGCGUGGUGCAGUACAGCCACGAGGGCACCUUUGAGGCCAUCCAGCUGGACGACGAGCGCAUCGACUCCCUGUCCAGCUUCAAGGAGGCCGUCAAAAACCUCGAGUGGAUCGCGGGGGGCACCUGGACGCCCUCGGCCCUCAAGUUCGCCUACAACCAGCUCAUCAAGGAAAGCCGGCGCAAGAAGACGCGCGUGUUCGCCGUGGUCAUCACCGACGGCCGCCACGACCCGCGGGACGACGACCUGCACCUGCAGGCGCUGUGCAACCACGACGUGACCGUCACAGCCAUCGGCAUCGGCGACAUGUUCCACGAGAAGCACGAGAGCGAGAGCCUGUCCUCCAUCGCCUGCAACAAGCCGCAGCACGUGCGCAGCAUGACGCUCUUCUCCGACCUGGUGGCCGAGAAGUUCAUCGACGACAUGGAGGACGUCCUGUGCCCGGACCCACAGAUCGUGUGCCCGGACCUCCCAUGCCAGACAGAGCUGGCGGUCGCCCAGUGCACGCAGCGGCCAGUGGACAUCGUGUUCCUGCUGGACGGCUCCGAGCGGCUGGGAGAGCAGAACUUCCUCAAGGCGCGGCGCUUCGUGGAGGAGGUGUCCCGCGAGCUGACCCUGGCGCGCGGGGACGACGACCCGCUCAACGCGCGGGUUGCGCUGCUGCAGUUCGGGGGCCCACGGGAGCAGCAGGUGGCCUUUCCGCUGACCUCCAACCUGACAGUCAUCCAGGAGGCGCUGGACAGCGCUCGCUACCUCAACUCCUUCUCGCACGUGGGUGCGGGCAUCGUGCACGCCAUCAACCACGUGGUGCGCGGGCAGCCGGCCGGGGCGCGCCGCCACGCCGAGCUGGCCUUCGUCUUCCUCACGGACGGCGUCACAGGCAACGACAGCCUGGAGGAAGCGGUGCACUCCAUGCGCAAGGAGAACGUGGUGCCCACCGUGGUGGCCGUGGGCGGCGAUGUGGACGCCGACGUGCUGGCCAAGAUCAGCCUGGGCGACGCGGCCGCCGUCUUCCGCGAGAAGGACUACGACAGCCUGGCCCGGCCCAGCUUCUUCGACAGGUUCAUCCGCUGGAUCUGCUAGCGCCGGCCCGUCUCCUGCAGGGGGCUGGCGGGACCCCGACCCAGCCCCGCCAGGCCCCGUGCGCUGCUGCCCAGCGUCCCCCAACUCCAC